UAGAAUAGAAUAGCAUAUAACCUAAGCGCUCUUACCUGGUCUCUUUAUCGCGUCCUCUCUCUGCCGCUUCCUCUCUCACUCGCCGUCGGCGCAUUUCCUUCUCUCCAUUUACGUCUCCGGCAAGGAGAAAUGUCAUCGUCAAUUAUAGGUCGCUGCCAUUUCGUAGCAGAUAGCAUUGAAGCUGCCGGAACAAAGAGGAGAACUACAAGAUGGAGGUCCCCGAGAGCAGCAGUAAUUCCAAGUUUUCAUCUCCCAAUGCGCAGUAAUGAAGUUAAAAAUAGGACGUUUGCAGAUGACAUAAAAGCACUUCGAUUGAUCACUGCAAUCAAAACCCCAUAUCUACCGGAUGGCAGAUUCGAUCUUGAGGCUUAUGACACGUUAGUAAAUUUGCAAAUCGAAAAUGGCACUGAGGGUGUGAUUGUUGGUGGCACUACAGGUGAAGGUCAAUUGAUGAGCUGGGAUGAACACAUCAUGCUCAUUGGUCACACAGUCAAUUGUUUCGGGGGGUCAAUCAAAGUCAUCGGGAACACUGGAAGCAACUCCACGAGGGAAGCAAUACAUGCGACUGAACAGGGAUUUGCUGUAGGUAUGCAUGCAGCUCUUCACAUUAAUCCCUACUAUGGCAAGACCUCCUUAGAGGGUUUGAUUUCUCACUUUGAAAGUGUGCUCCCUAUGGGCCCUACUAUCAUUUAUAAUGUGCCAUCACGAACUGGUCAAGACAUCCCUCCACGUGUAAUUCAGACAAUGGCAAAGAGCCCUAACCUUGCUGGUGUCAAAGAGUGUGUUGGAAAUGAUAGGGUGGAGCAGUAUACAAGUAACGGGAUUGUCGUUUGGAGUGGCAAUGAUGAUGAAUGCCAUGUUUCAAGGUGGGAUUAUGGUGCUACAGGAGUUAUUUCUGUUACCAGCAACUUGGUUCCUGGUCUGAUGCGAGAACUGAUGUUUGGAGGGAAGAAUCUUGCUUUGAACUCAAAGCUGAUGCCUUUGAUGGAAUGGCUGUUUCAUGAGCCAAACCCCAUUGCUCUAAAUACAGCUUUAGCUCAACUUGGGGUUGUGAGGCCCGUCUUUCGCCUUCCAUAUGUUCCACUUACGAAGGCAAAGAGAGAGGAGUUCGUGAAAAUUGUCAAGGAAAUUGGACGAGAGAACUUUAUAGGGGAGAGAGAUGUCCAAGUUUUGGAUGACAAUGAUUUCAUUUUGGUGGGUCGGUAUUAGUUUUUUCCCAUGUAGUGUUGAGAAGUAGGUUUUUGUUGUUAGCUGCUUUGCUUGAAAUUUUCUUGACAUGAAGGUAUCUUUCUUUUAUGUUGUAUUUCACUCGUGCAUGACAGCUUCAAUACUUUUUUUCAGCUUUCUCUUGGGAGGCAUGUAUAUUAUAGCUACUAGCUUAUGGACUAGAUCUCGUCUUCUGUUA